AUGAGGUUCGAUCCGUUAGGCUUCUGUUUCGGAAGAAAGAAUAGGAUCAAUGGUACCGAAGAUGGAACGACGGAGGAAUUCGAGGUUCGAGACAUUUCGGAGCAGCAGGUCUCGCAACCACACGGUAACCACGGUAACGCGAUUCCUUUGGUACACGUGAUUGCGUUUGAAUUAUUCUCGGCCGAGUCGGUUCGCCACGUUCGUUCGAUUCUACCCUUGAUUCCUUGUCGAAUGCUCGCGAAUGAUGUGUACUUUGCAGCGGGUUCCAACAGGCAAUUGUCGCGACAAUCGGGACGGCCGACGAAUAUAAUGCCACCCAGUAACACCGUGAAUGGUCACGGUGAUUCCGCUGGGUUGACGGGCCGACGGGAGAUGGAAAAUAUUCCACCGACACCUACGACAACCGCUGCUUCCUGCAACGUCACGGUGGCCAAGCAGAAGCAACAACAGCUACAGUCUCAGCAACAGCAACAACAGCAACAGCAGGUGCAGAUAGAAAAUGGACGUGCAAGGCGGUCGAAUGUUGUGAAGGAGGUGGAGAGAUUGAAGAAGAACCGCGAGGAAAGAAGGCAGAGGCAAGCCGAGUUGAAAGAGGAAAAGGAAGCUCUGAUGAACUUGGAUCCUGAGAGUACCAGAGCAGCAUCGAGUUUAGACCUCUUCGAGAGACAGAUGCCGUGGAGGAUCAUCAGAUUACGGUAUGCGUGAGAAAACGUCCGCUGAACAAGAAGGAGAUUGCACGCAAAGAGGUGGACGUGAUCAGCGUGCCUAGCAAAGAUCAGAUGGUGGUUCAUGAGCCGAAAGCCAAAGUCGAUCUAACCAAAUACUUAGAGAAUCAAAUCUUUCGGUUCGACUACGCGUUCGACGAGACUUGCAACAACGAGAUCGUCUACAAGUAUACGGCUAAACCACUGGUGCAAACUAUAUUCGAAGGUGGCAUGGCCACGUGUUUCGCUUACGGUCAAACAGGAAGCGGGAAAACGCACACUAUGGGCGGUGAUUUUAAUGGAAAGACACAGGACUGCAAAAAAGGCAUUUAUGCGAUGGUAGCCAAGGAUGUGUUCAAAUGCCUCAAACUUGCCAAGUAUCGUCCGUUGAAUCUGAUUAUUUCCGCGAGCUUUUUCGAGAUCUACUCGGGCAAGGUAUUCGAUCUGUUGGCGGAUAAGGAAAAACUUCGUGUUUUAGAAGACGGCAAGCAACAGGUGCAAAUAGUCGGAUUAACGGAGAAAGUAGUGGAGACCUGCGACGAAGUUUUGAAGCUGAUACAACACGGGAACAGUGCCAGAACUAGUGGCCAGACUAGUGCAAAUUCCAACUCGUCGCGAUCGCACGCCGUUUUUCAAAUCAUAGCACGGACACCAGGCACGCACAAGGUUCACGGAAAAUUCUCUCUGAUCGAUCUUGCCGGUAACGAGAGAGGAGCGGAUACCUCUUCUGCCAACAGACAAACUCGUAUGGAGGGUGCCGAGAUCAAUAAAUCAUUGUUGGCAUUGAAAGAAUGUAUCCGUGCAUUGAGCCGUAAAGGCACGCAUUUACCAUUCAGAGCUAGCAAGUUGACCCAAGUAUUAAGGGACAGCUUCAUUGGUGAAAAGUCAAAAACUUGCAUGAUAGCUAUGAUCAGUCCCGGAAUGAGUUCCUGCGAACAUUCGUUGAAUACGCUCAGAUACGCGGAUCGAGUGAAGGAAUUGGCCGCGACCGAUCCAACAGAAAUGAAAGCUUCUCCGACAGACGACGAACGGGAAUUAAAAAUCGAGGAGCAGUCGAACAACAGCGUGCUGUCGGAUAGCGAUUUGGCACAGCUCCGGUCUUUAAACGAGGGUGAAAUCUCGCAAGAUCUUUACACGUUUCACGAGGCGGUAUCCGCGUUGCAAAUGCUGGAGGAGGAAGUCCUAGACACGCACAAGGUGGUCAUGGACCACACGAACAGAUUCGUGGAUGAUGCGCGCAAUGUGUUCAGUAUGACUCACGAAGUAGACUACGACCAAGAAGAUUCACGCGGUAAAGAUAAGGGAAAGGCAAGCUGUCCGUUAGAACUGAACUUAGAGGAUGAGAGGACAACGACGACGGGAAUGUCAACGACGACGACGAUGAUGGCCGUGCCAGUUAACGACGAUAGCUACGUCUCCUCCGAUGCUGACUCGUGGUCCAACCUAAAUAGAGUCAUUCAUACAGCGACAAAGAGCUCGUUAAAGUCUCCAUGGAUGAACGAGGUCGAAUAUAAAAAUGACGUCAGCUCGUGCGAUAGCGAUUACGAAUCGUUAAACAUUAUUGAAGGGACGCGCGUCGCGGCGAACACGGCCGACAUCGGUCCAUGGGUAUCGUGCAUCGAAAAUAUACUGAAGAAGAGCGGCUCGUGUGCGAGUCCCGUCGCGAAAGAGAACUCGUCUCGGACAGUGAACCGCAGCAGCGCGCAACGAUCCAAACGGUCUAUCGCCGGGAAAAAGGGUAUACAAAAAUAUCAUUGGUCCGGCACUUUCAAUCGUGAUCAAGCGAGAAGACAUUCUUCGUCUUCCUGUGAGAAAACAAACGACGCUAAGACACGUCGUCCCGACGGGAUCAACGUCGUCGCCGACUCGACUUACAAUUACAACUUGAACGCCUCCGACGACGAGAAAACAGCGAAGAAGACGAAACUGUUUUCCCACGAUAAGUUCAAUUUGGAUGACGAAAGCAGCGAGAGCAACGAGAACGUGAAACGUUCGCCCGAUCGUCGAUCGUACGCGAACCAUUUCAAACACGACGCGUCGCGAUUCAAUGCAACACCGCGGUGGAGUUGGAUGACGCACGGACAGAAGGAGGAGAGUCAUCGUUAUCGACAGGACGAAACGAUCAAACAGGAGGAGAACAUACGUGCGAAUUUACGAAAUGAAAAGUGUCGAAACGAGGAAAACCAAUUGGGCUUUGGUGAAACACGGCCCUCUUCGAGGUCCUCCUGUUGCGCUGACGACGAUGACGAUCGAGUGACGGUCAUCGAUCGUUAUCAAAUCACUAUGUCCACCGUUUACAUUCGUAAAUCUAAUUCGGCGAUCGACGAUCGAUCCAAAAUCUUCGACUUUCUUCUGUCGUUUUUCAAAAAUGUGAUCCUCUUUACCUUCCUACCGAGCCUGUACAUGGCCUUCUUCAUCUACAAACACAAGAAACGAGUUGCACUUGCGUUGCAAUUGAGCGCCCUUAGCGCUCAAACCCGUUGUUUUCUAGCUAUCUGUAAAAGAAUACAAAGGCUCGUACAACAGCUGGAACAACAACAACCACAACCACAACAACAAUGA